AUGGAUAAUAAAGAUUACGACGACGAUUUCUACGAAAAAGCAGAAUUACUACCAGUUCCAGUGGAGUAUAGGGGGAAAGAGAAUGUUGAACAUUCGAUGAAAAGGACUUUGUUCAUUAUAUUUCUCAGUGCAUUCCUAGUCUCAAUUGGUACAAUAGGAUUCGCCUCAAUAUGGGUUGAAUUAUCUAAUGAAUUACCGAUUAAGCGAAAUGUCAUAUUAAUGAUUUCUGAUGGAUUCGGUCCUGCUUCAGAGACUUUUGCUCGUGAUUAUUACCAAUAUGUUAAUGACUUGCAUUAUAAUUAUACCACAUCUUUGGAUCAAAUCCUUGUUGGUUUAUCUCGAACGAGGUCUUCUAAUUGUCUUGUCACUGAUUCUGCUGCUGGAGCAACGGCAUUUUCAUGCGUUAAAAAAACCUAUAAUGGUGCUAUUGCAGUUGAUCCUGAUAAGGUUCCAUGUGGUACUGUUCUUGAGGCUGCGAAAGCUAUUGGAAUGGCAACAGGAUUAGUUGUUACUAGUCGUAUCACUCACGCUACACCAGCUUCAUUCUCGUCUCAUGUUAUUAGUAGAGAUAUGGAGGAUAUUAUUGCUAUUCAACAGCUUGGUGAUUAUCCUCUUGGAAGACAAGUUGAUCUGAUGAUAGGUGGUGGUCGGUGCUAUUUCUUGCCAAAUUCUACUGUCGGUAGUUGUAGGGGAGACGAUCGGGAUUUAAUUACAGAAGCAGAGAAAUCUGGUUUUACAUAUUUUUCUUCUAGAAAAGAAUUUGAUGAUAUUGAUCCUGAAUCGCAAAGUAUUCCCCUUCUUGGCUUAUUUACCCUUGACCAUAUGUCCUAUGAGAUAGAUCGUGUUCCCAGUGUUGAACCCUCUCUCAAAGAAAUGUCUGAAAAAGCAAUUCGAAUUCUCGAAGCACAAACUGCUCAUAGUGAUAAAGGUUUCUUCCUUAUGAUCGAAGGCAGUCGAAUUGAUAUGGCUGGUCACGCGAACGAUCCAGGCGCACACGUUCAUGAAAUUUUGGCUUAUCAUCAAGCAAUUGAAUUUGUUACUAAAUAUGUAGAUGAUCAUCCAGGGACAGUUCUCAUAUCGGUUAGUGAUCAUGAAACUGGUGGCCUGAGUCUCUCUCGACAAACAAAUGCUUCUUAUCCCCAAUAUCUAUGGUAUCCUGAUGUAAUAUCCCGUAUAAAAAAUUCUUCAUAUGCCUUAUCUAUGAAAUUGACUGACUACUGGAAAGACGAUCGAACUGAUUACGUAAAAGAUACCAUUUUACGGAAUAGUCUAGGAAUUAGUGAUUUUACGGAUGACGAAGUAAACUUCUUAGUUGAAAAUCAAACUCGAAUAGAUUAUGAAUAUUAUAUGGCCAAUUUGACAAGUUGGAGAGCUCGUUUGGGUUGGACAACACAUGGCCAUACGGGUGUCGACGUUAGUCUUUUUGCAUAUGGAAUAAACACAGGACCAUUACAUGGAAAUCAUGAAGUAAUUUAUAUUGAUUAUGAUCGUAAAGUCAGUUGA